UUCAGAUGUAGAAAACGUGGAGGAGCGGCAGAGAUUUGAGAAGAUGGUGGGCGACCCUCUGCAGGCCGUGGACCCGGAGCAACAGGAGCUGUCAGGCAGGAGGAAAUACGCAUUAGUCAGAUCAAAGACCUUCGACCACUCUCUGCUGACUCAGGUCCAGACAGAAUCAGACCCGAAGAUCGAGAGGAAGAAGUCUCAUUACAGCCAGCUUUCGAAAAGCAAUUGCCAGUACCAUAAAAUAUUUAAGGAGAUCAGCAAAGAGGAACUGCUCAGACAGAGUUACACAUGUGCUCUGCAGAAAGACAUCCUCUACCAGGGACGGAUGUUUAUCUCUGACCAUUGGAUCUGCUUUCACUCCAAGGUGUUUGGCAAAGACACAAAGAUCGCCAUCCCAGUGAUGUCCGUCUCGUGCUUCAAGAAGACCAAGACGGCCAUCCUGCUGCCAAACGCGCUGGUGAUCGGCACCGCCAACGACAGGUACGUCUUCGUGUCCUUUCUGUCCAGAGACAACACCUACAAGUUCUUGAUGUCCAUUUGUUAUCAUCUGGAGGAGAAGAGUCCAUGCAGCAGCCCCGUCCCCUGCUCAGCUGAGAAUAGCUUCAGAGGUCAGAGGUCACCUCGGUCGCCUUGCUUCCCUAUGAGUUUUCCAGGUGAGUUCUGUGAUCUGGACGUAACAGUGAGACAGAGGAGGCAGGAGAUGGAGGAGAGCAGCAGCUCCGACUCUCAGUCCCCCGACUACGACAAGAGAGCAGGCUUCCCUGUUCCUCCGUUUCUGGAAGUGUUGAAGCGCACAGACAGUGCAGCUCCACCUGAACAUCCAGACCAUCAGCACAAAGUGAAGAGCCAGCACCACAGCAAGCAGAUCCCAGACAACUCGCAGCAUGCUCCACACAUCAAUG